AUGAAUUUAAUUGAUUCUUUAUUGAAUGAAUUCUAAUAACUUUUGAAUGAUUAAAAGAAAAAUCAAGUUUUGAAACCUCUAAUUUAAGGAAUAAUUGAUGAAAUCAAAAAGCAUAAGUCAUAAUAAAAUUUACCUAUAUAAGAAAUCUUAAAAAUUUUUAUUAAGCUUCCUGAAAGUAAAAGUAAUUAAACAUCUGGAAUUGCUCUUAACAUUAUUCUAAAAUUUAUCAAUUCAAAUUUAUUACAAAAAGUAAAUUAGUAUCUAUUUUAGGCAGACCUUCAUCUCUUAUAAUAGUUUCUCUAUUUGCUUAAAGAUGAAAUAAAUGAAAAUGUUCAAUUAAAAUUAGUACAAUGUAGUGUACAUUUAAUUAAUUAUGAUAUAGUGAAUAUCAAUAAUCCUGAAAGCAUAGAGAAAGUAAUAGUGAAUCUAAAAGUAGCUACUUUUUAUAUUUUUUACUUUAGUAAACUCAAAAAAUCCCAUUAUACGAACAACUGCAAUGACAGGUUUAAUGGAAAUAUUAGAUUUUAUAUAUAUAUCAUACAAAGAUGAACCUCAUAAAAAUGGAGUUACGAUAUUUUUACAACUUAUUUAAGGAAUGAAAGGAUAAAAGGUUCCUUUCAUUAUAUAGAAUGAGUUUUCUAAAGGAAUAUGCAGAGAUAUGAUAUAUUAGAUCAUCUAAAUUUUGGGGUGUUUUUUAAAUAAAGAUGAAUAGCUUAAUAAAUUAAUUGAAGAAUUUUCAGGGAUUAUUUAUGAAGAAAUGAGUUUAGAUUCUGCAGAUAUUUAAUUUAGUAUAUAAAAUUUUUUAAUCAUAGAUGCAAGAAGAAUUAGGGAUUCAUUCAGUAUGAUAGUUACUUUAUAAAGAGACAUAUCUUUACUUAAACAUAUUAGUCUAUUAUUCACUAGAUCUCCAUAAUAUGGUUAUGUUAGAUAUUGGAUCUUAGAAGGAAUUCUGAGUUUAUUAAAAGAUCCUAAAUUAGUAAUGAUACUAUAUUAAGGAUCUACAUAGGAAGAACAUUAAUAGCAAUAAACUACUUUUUUAUAACAUUUAAUUUUUAUUGUAAAAUUAUCAACAGAAUAAGAACCUUAAUAUACUUUAAAUUAAUCUAAUUAAUAAUAAACAUAUGCAAAGUAAAAGAAUGUAUAUUAAUAAAAUAUAUUAAAUUUAACAGAGAUUCCCUAUUAUAAUAAAUCAUUGUUCACUUAAAAAUCAAGUAUAAUAGCAAAUUAUAUAAAUAGUUGAAUGUAUAUCUAAUUUUACUGAUUCGAUACUAAAUAUUGCUAAUAAAAAUUAAAUUGUAUUUUUCAAUUAGAAUUACAAAUAAGUUUAAUCAAAAAUUAUAGUUGAUGAGAAUGGUAAGGAGGUUAAUUAAAUAAUUGAGACAACUUAAUAAUUAUUUUUAAAAACAAUUUAAAAUCUAAUGACAAAUUUGAAUGAUGAAACCCAAUAUUAAACUAUUUUAAAUUCAUUAUAAAAUUGGAUUUAUUUAUCUAAUUCUUUAGGUUAAGUUAAAACUAGAGAAGCCUUUAUUAAAUAUUUAAGUAGUCUUUGUGUUACUAAAUAAAAUAUAACUCUAACAAAAUAUCAAUUGUAAAGUGCUAAAAUCUUAUUUAAAAUUGCAUAAAUAGGAAGUAAAUUUCAUUAUUUAAUUUUAUAGAUUUAUUAGAUAUAAAAUCAUGGUAUAUAAUAAUGAAGACUAUGUAAUAAUUUGAUACAUUAAUUUAAAAAUCAUAAACUUAGAAUGCUAUUUAAUAAGAAUAAUAUCAUGAAGUUUAUUAGUAAGAUAUAACAUAAUUAAACAAAAUCUUGGAGGGUUUGUUUUCAUCAAGCAACGAAUAUGAAGAUUCCCAUUUACUUUAAAUGAUUGAAGCAAUAAAUUAAGUUACUUUGAGUCUAAUGGAAUAAUUUAAUAAUGUUUAGAAUCUUGUUGAUUCUAAAUCUAUUUAAUUUGGAUUGUAAAAAAUACAUUAAAUAACAAAAUAAAAUUGGUUCAGGAUUCAUAAAUUUUGGGAUUUUAUUACAGCUCAUUUUUUAUGUAUAGCAAACUAUAAACAUAAGGCAUUUAGGGAAACAGCAUUGGAAAUCUUUUCAUAAUUAGUUCAAUAAGGAUUUAUUUAUUUUUUAAGACCAGAUUAAAGUUGUUGUUGGGAUGGAGAUAGUUGGUAAUCUCAUUUAUUAAGUCCCAUUUAACAAAUGAUAAAUAUUCCUUAUACUGAUGUCAAAGAAACUUUGUUAAAUAUAAUUUUUAAACUUAUUUAAAAUAAUGGACAUGAAUUGAAUAUUCUAGGAUUUAAUACUAUUAUAGAAAUUUUAUUAAUUAGUUGUGAUGGAACAGAACCUACUGGAUAUGUAAAUAUUGGAUUUCAUAUUUUGGAAUUAUUGAUAGGGUAAUUUAUGCAUUUAUUGGAUCCUAAGACAACUAGAAGAUUAUUACCAUUAAUAAAAUAAUUUAGAUAAAGAACAACAGAAUAAAAUAUUAAUUAUGUUUCUGUUGGUUUAAUUUGGUAAUUAGCAGAUAAUCUAAAUAAGAUUUGUACAAAUUAGACAUCAUAAAUUGAAGUAGAGGAACUAUGGACUGUAGUUUUAUAGAGUUUAAAAGAUUUAUCAUUAGAUAACACUCCAGAUGUUAGAUAAUCAGCUUUACAUAUUAUAAUAUAAAUAAUAUUAAUUAAUUGUGGAUCAUUUAGAAUAAACUUUUAAAUUGAUUUACUAAAAAACAUAUUAUUUAAGAUUUUAGAUGAUUUGAUUGGAAGAGUUGCUUAAUUACAAUAAUUGUAAGUUAUUUUUCAUAUGAAAAUUCCAAAAUAUUUAAAAGAAGAAGAUUAUCCAAAAUUUACUAAAUUUUCUGAUUAAGAUUUAUAAACUUCAAUUAAAACUUAAAAUGAAGUCAUAAUAGCUUGGGAAGAAACUCUUAAAAUAAUGAUUCAAAAUUUAACAAAAUUUUUGAAAAAGAUUGGAUAAUAAGAGUUUAAAUAAUAAGCAUAAUAAUUGUAUAAUGAAACAUUCAUUAGAUUAAUAAUUUCAUUUAAAAUUAACAAUUUGGAUAUAAAAUGGGAAAUUAUUCGUUUAAUAAAAGAAAAUACAGAAAUUAUGAUUGAAAAAAACUUGGUUGCAUCAUUUGAUUGGGCUAAAGAUUUUAUUAUUUGUAUAUAAGAAUUUAUAGGUUAAAAGAUUUAAGAUAAUAGAGAUGUUAAAACAUUAAUCAAUAAAAUAUUACCAGAAGUGUGUGAAUUAUAUGUAUUAUUUCUAAAAGCUCAUAAAUUAGAGUAAGACUAAUUUCCAGAAGAAUUAAUUGAUAAUCUAUAUGAAAGCUAUUAAGCAAUUGUUGAUUUACCAAUAAAUAUAGAAAACAUAUAAAAUAUUAAGAUAUGGAUGGAUGAAAAGUAAUUACAUGAUUAUGCAGAAGACUUUUAUGUUUAUCUUAAUACUCAAUAGGAUAAAUCUAAAUUCUAUAAUUUUCUCUUGUUUAAUAUAAAGAAGGAAGGAGGAAUGACCAAAUUAUAGGAUUUAGUCAUUUACAAAUAUAUACAAUUAUUAAAUACAUAUAUAGAAGAUAAAUAAUUAACUGAUCCUGAUCUUAUUAAAUAAUAUGUUGAAAUAUGUCUAAUUUAAUUAUCGACUAGAUAAAAUCAAUAAAAAGUUAAUAAUGUUAAGAAUUAUAAUAAAACAAGUAAACCAUUAUGGGUUUAAGUUUUACCAUUAAUUAUACAGACAAUAGAAAUUUGUUAAAAAGAAGAAUAUGUAUAACUUUUAUCUGAAUAACUCAAUUUUACUUAGUAAUGGGACAAAAUAAUAAGUAUUGAUGGUUUAAAGAGUUGUAUAGAUGUAGAAUUAUAAAUAUGUGAAUGGUUACUUUCAUAAGAUAUAUUGGAUAGAGAAAUUAUCAAUUAUUGGGAAUUACUAUCUAGAAAUAUAAAUUUAUAUUAAUUGGAAGAUUUGUUUUAUGAAACAAGGUAAAAGUUAAUGAAUAUAGUAUUUAAAAAACAUAAAAGUUUAUAUACUUUGAAUUAGAUUUGCUAAUCUUUGGUAACCUAAUUUAUGAAGGAUGAAUAUAUGUCAGGAUCAAUGCCUUUAAGUAGAAAACGAGUUUAAGAAAUUAUUUAAUUGUUAUUGGAAUUAUAAUCAUUAAAAGAUUUGAACUUGGAACCACAUCCAUUACUUUAAGUCUUUGAAUGUUUAGUAGAAUUGAUAACAACAAGAGAAAUUGACAUUAAAUUACCUUUAUAAAAUUUGUUUAAAUCAGUAGCAUUUAAAAUAAGAACGUAUAAAUGA